GUCAUAUGACUGCCUCCACCAAACAGGAAGUUAGUCGAAGCAGAAAUGUGGUCAAAGCGAAAUUAAUUGCUAGUUGAACAGUAUACGAAAUGAAAAUGACGAGUAGCUUGUGAAACGAAUUUACCUUAUUGUAAAACAUGAAUGAGGAAGUUAACUAGAAGGCAUGUUCACCUAGUCCUCUUUGUUUCUGAUCGAGCAGAUUUAAAAUGAAGGCGUUUCGGGAAGUUCUAGCAGCCAUUGUGUGCGUUCUGAGUUUAACAGUUCUGGAGGGACGGUGUGAAUCAUCUGGACCACAGUCACGCAAUCCUGGCUUUGAAACGUAUAGCUUAAAUGGGAAAUGGACGGUAUACAACUCGAACGGUUCAUUGUCGUUCAGUGCAGAAGUGCCUGGCUGUGUACAUACAGGGCUAUUGAAACAGGGACUUAUUCAGGACCCUUAUUACAGGUUCAGUGACUUGGCCUACAGGUGGAUUUCUCUUGACAAUUGGACAUACACGACCACAUUCUCAGUGCCAGCUGAGAUAAGGAGCAAGCAGAAGGUGCGUUUGGUCUUUGAGGGCGUGGACACGGUGUCCUCCAUCUCCCUCAAUGGCGCGGCCCUGGGGAAGACGGACAACAUGUUCCGCAGAUACGACUUCGAUGUGCGAGGGCUGCUCGGGGAACGGGGGAAUGUCCUCGCCGUCGCCCUCUCGUCCGCCGUGGCGUACGCCGCGGACCGCAGCCGGGCUCACUCCGCCUACCCGGUCCCUCCCGACUGCCCCCCGCCCGUGCAGAAAGGGGAGUGUCACGUCAACUUCGUCAGGAAGGCCCAGAGCUCCUUCAGCUGGGACUGGGGGCCGUCCUUCCCCACCCUGGGGCUCUGGGGGGGCGUGCGAUUGGAGGCUUGCGACUCGCUGCGGCUGCCGUACCUCGCCGCUACACCGACUCGCGGGGGUGAUCCCUCCCAGUGGAGCGUGGAGGCGGAGCUGCACUGUGACGCAGUGGCGGCGGUGGAGGGAUCCGUGACGCUCCUCCUCCCCGAACUCGCCACGCAGCAGACCUUCCAGAUCUCUCUGCCAGCGGGGCAGAGCAGGAGCACGUUCGUCCUCCCUGUCAACAAGAGCGCGGAAGUAGAGCUAUGGUGGCCCAGGGGACACGGCUCGCAGCGACAGUACAACAUGAGCGUGCAGGUGAAGCUGGACGGAGGCUUCGCCAUCGACACCAAAACCCUGGUGUCUUUCCGUACAGUGGAGCUGGUUCAGGAGCCCAUUGCCGGGUCACCAGGGUUGAGUUUCUACUUUAGGAUCAAUGGGAUUCCCAUCUUCCUCAAGGGGUCCAACUGGAUCCCAGCUCACGCCUUCCAGGACCAGGUCACGCCCAGCAUACUGAGGAACCUUCUGCAGUCAGCUGUGGACGCCAACAUGAACACGCUGAGAGUCUGGGGGGGAGGAGUCUACGAGCAAGAACAUUUCUACAGUCUCUGUGAUCAACUGGGAGUCAUGAUUUGGCAGGACUUCAUGUUUGCCUGCGCCCUGUACCCCACAGACUCCGAGUUCAUAGAGACAGUGAGACAGGAGGUCACUCACCAGGUGAGGAGGCUGAAAUCCCACCCCUCCGUCAUCGUGUGGAGCGCGAACAACGAGAACGAGGCUGCCAUCGCCUCGGACUGGUUCGGCAUCCCCGCCCCCCAGCGCCCUCGCUACGUGAAGGACUACGUCACGCUCUACGUUGACAACAUCAGGGAGAUCGUUCAGAAGGAGGACAGCAGUCGCCCGUUCCUCACCUCCAGCCCCACCAACGGGGCCGAGUCGGAGCGGGAGGGCUGGGUGGCGCGGGACCCUUACGACCCCCACUUUGGGGACACGCACUUCUACAGCUACCUGCAGGACUGCUGGGACUGGAGGGGCUUCCCCCGCACCCGCUUCGCCUCCGAAUACGGCUUCCAGUCCUGGCCCUCCUUCUCCACCCUGCAGAAGGUUUCUGCCCCUGAAGACUGGAGCUACCAGAGCGGCUUCUCCUCCCACCGGCAGCACCACGACGCGGGCAACCAGCAGAUGCUGGAGCAGGCCAAGCUGCACUUCCACCUGCCGGACUCCCCCGAUCCUCUACAGGCCUACAGAGACACGCUCUACCUCACGCAGGUUAUGCAGGCGCAGUGUGUAAAGGCUCAGACAGAGUUCUACCGUAGGAGCCGCAGCGAAAUCAUAGAUGGACAAGGAAAGACCAUGGGCGCCCUCUACUGGCAGCUCAAUGACAUCUGGCAAGGCCCAUCCUGGUCCUCUAUUGAGUUUGGUGGGAAGUGGAAGAUGCUGCAUUAUUUUGCCCGAGACUUCUUUGCCCCUGUGCUGCCGGUGGGGUUCCUGGACCAGGGGCUGCUCCUGAUCUACGCCGUGUCCGACCUGACCUCUGACCUCACCCUCAGGGUCGUGGUUACAGUGUACCAGUGGAGCAGCUUGAAGCCGGUGUGCACUCUGGCCUCUGGGGCGGCGCUGGUGAGCGGAGGGAGCGCCCUGCCUCUGUUUAAGCAGCCCGUGGCCGCCCUGCUGGCGGGAUGCGGGAACUGCACCACGCUGACCUGCGUCCUGACCUUCCACCUGGAGGACUCCGAAGGCCAGCGUGGUCCCACAAACCACCUCUUCCUCAGCUCUCCCAGAGAGGCACAAGGCCUGCAGAUGCCCAACAUCACAACAAGCAUCCGGCAGGACGGGGCGACGUACGAGGUCACUCUCCGCACUUCCGCAGUCACGCCCUUCCUGUGGCUGGACGUGGGGGACAUCCCGGGACGCUUCGACACCAACGGCUUCCUCAUGGCGACAGAGAGCCGGACGGUGCGCUUCUACCCCUGGGGUCCCACCAGCGCCUCCCAGCUGUCCCGCGCCCUGCAGGUCACCUCACUCAGGGGCGUGUACCGAAGACAGCCGUGACCGCGACCACAGCUUGUGCACACCCAACCUCAGGGAAAAUGUAGUUUUGUUAUAGCUGAUGCUUAUUUUAAAACACCAUUCUUGUGAAGUAAUUGUCAAAUGUAAUAAGUGACCUGAUACAAUGAUAUUUGUGGAGGUAGGCUGCUGGAUAGCUUAUCACGUGUGUGAAUGGGCCCCACUAUCUGGUGUACAAUAUGGACUGUGGCAGUGCCAGCUGAAAAGAAUGGACACAGCCUGCGGUAGGCUAAUGAGAACGUUCAAAUUUUGAAAAAAAUGUUUCCCAUCGACAUACUGGUGUGACAUGUUGCUUGUGCUAGACCUUGCAGUUUGGUCUCUGCACCUUGAAGUGGUUUGACGUCAGAUGGAUGAUUCACUCUGGCUGUUAACAGCAACAGUGAAAUGUGUGGAGGAGGAGUUCAUUUCAAAAGCUGCCAUUGCACUAUGAACGAAGGUAAUACGAAUGUAAAUUGCUUAAGAGCACAAAUGUCAAGAAGCACUUUAUACUUUUCAGAAUUUUAUUAUAAAAGUAUUACAAUCAGCCAAUUAAAAAGCCAACAAACAGGA